UUUACAGCUGUUUUUACAAAUCUUGGUAAGAGUGGAACAGAGGGUCCAGACUCAGUUGGCAGUCACUACACGGGUCAGGAUCAUGACGGACAAGUUACAGUGUCCGGCGGUAUUCAACUGUGGACUGUGCCGCACACUGGUGAAUACAGAAUAGAAACAAUAGGAGCCUCAGGGGGGUACAGUGAGGACAGUGUCAUCAAUGCAGGGAGAGGGGCGCGGAUGAUUGGAAACUUUAUGUUGACAAAAGAUGAAAUCAUUCGUAUACUUGUUGGUCAAAGAGGGAAAAGACGGAAUUCUAACAAAAAACCUGGCUCAGGCGGAGGAGGUACAUUUGUAGUAAGAGGAGACAACAAGCCUUUGAUCAUAGCCAGAGGUGGAGGAGGAAUUGCCAAAAUGACAGAACAACAUUCAGGAUGUGAUGCGUCCAUAAACACAACAGGAAAUGCAGGGUGUAACUCGCCAUUCCUGUCAGGAGGAAGUAACGGAGAAGGAGGACAAACUGAUAAACCGCAUUCUGGUAGGUGAAGAAUUUCCUAUAUAUAAAUAUUGAAUUUCUUUUCGCAUUCUACUGCCAUCCAUCAGUAUUUCGAACAAAGAGGUGGUACUGGUCGCUCAAAUUUGGAUUUUUUUCUGAAUUAAUAAAAGUCAUGAUCUUUUCAGUAGCUAAUGUCAACUGUAAAUCUCUUGAUUGUAGGUGGUGGUGGUGGUAGCGGCUUUUACAGUAAUGGAGAAGACUCAGUGGGUUCUGGUGGAGGGGGAAAGGGAGGUAAAGGAUUUCUGAACGGGGGAGAGGGGGGAGUACAUUGGGGUGGGUUCGGAGGUGGGGGUGGGUAUCAUGCAGCUAAAGAGUUACCUGGGGGAGGUGGAGGGUACUCUGGGGGAAAUGGAGUUUCAACAACGGAACAAAUCAGCAAAAUGAAUGUUGUUAUAAUACUGCUGGACAUGGUAAAGUGAUCAUAACAUUUCUCCACUGAAAUACAUGGAAGCACUUUCCUUAGCGUGAAGUGGUAAUUCUGUUUUGAUAAUGCUAAUUGAUGUUUGUUUUUCAACUCCGUAGUUUGACUUUUUUGGGUCAUUAUUUAGAUUUUAUUAUUAAGCCGUGUUACCGUAAGACAAACAGCACAACUUGUGGUUCAAGAGCCGUUUAUAUUUGAGGUUAGAAUUAAAAUUCACAAACAACAUUUGCUAGAAUAGGUGAGUUUUUAAUUUGUACUGACCUUAUAAAUUUGUUGACAGCAAAAGCUGUAGUUUUUGUUCUUUUUCCAGCUCUUUUCGGAGCAAUUAAUCAGAUGUUUUUUACGGUUCAUACAGUUUUGUAUACAUCUCUUAAGUUCACAGGACUCAAAUAAGUCUUUAUUUCAAGCGUUUUAAACAAGGAUUUAGAGGGUGAGACGUAUUAAAAAUUUUUAGCCAUGGUUAAAGUUGCUUAUCUGAUUGUAAAAAGUCUGAGAUCAACGCAAGCACUCGGUGCACUUCAAAGCAUAGUGGCUUCUCAACAUCUACAUGUGGAGAUAAGAUACCAAAGAACACUAGCAUUUAUUACUAAUAGACAAGCUAUUUCAGUGAAAUUCCUGCAUGAUGUACAUAGCUUUUUAGCGCCGAACACUCCCAGAGGUUCACUCCCCGAGGGUCGCUCCUAAAGGUUCACUCACAGAGUUUCACUCUUAGAGCGUAAUGUUUUCUUAAGUUUAGGGCUUAGGAUUUAGGGCUUAGAGUAAGGCCCGCAGACAUAUGCAGACGGGGGGAGGGGGGAAAGAGGGAAGGGGGAGAAAGGGAGGGGGGAGGGAUGGGUGAGAAUUAACCAUGGCGCGUAUGUUCUCAGUUGCAUGAUGCAUGAUUCAUGAAUAUUUAGGUGAUAGAAAACAGCGAACAACAAGUUAUCCCACGUCUUUAUUCACACAAAUUAUUGUGCGUUAAAAGCAUAUAAUAUUAGGGUGAAGCAAGAUAAUAGUUUAUAAUCUCCAGGGUAAGGAAAAUGUUAGCCACAAAUUACUUUCGCUUAUAAAAUAAAAAUACAAAUGCUAGGACUGUUUAGACUUUAAUUAGCGGGCAUGGGGGGAAGUUAGUGAUCAUUGGUCAAAUAAUAACAUAUUGGUAAUAGAAACUAAGUAAUAAUUUUGUAGAGAAACAGUUGUGAAGUCAGCUCUUCAUAUUCUUGUGUAUCUAAUUUCAAUGAAUACAUAUUUAACAAUGUAAAGGUUCAUUAUGCAGUCAAUCCUUUUUUCUUGAUCAGCUCAAAACCAAAAUCGAUUUUCACUAAUGAUACAGCCAGUGUGACCCAUCUUCUUCAAUUUUUUUGCCCGUUGACCUUCUAAAUUUUGCUGCGCGUGACACUGAUUGUAGGUGAUGGCAUAUUCAAGUUCACGCAAAACUUUAUUUACUUAUUGUAUUUUUGUUUUUCUACUAACAUCUGGAAUGUCUUUCAGGAGGCCCUCGUGCUCUUUCACUUAAAGUGGAGUAAAGCGCUGUAAUUUUCCCUUAGUUGGAAAGAACGUUUCUGCUUAAUAACAGUUAGAAAUAUAUUGAGAACAUCCUUUGCUGGUGGAUUAACUAAAAGUUCCCAAGAAUUGUUUCUAUGAGUUACAGAAUAAAGCAAUCACUUUCCCUAUAUUGUCGGUCUAUAAUGUAGAUUGAGUAAAUUCUAGUGAAACUCAAUAAAUCGAUAUCUGGCUGUCAGUAUUUUCUUCAUGUUUGUUAGAUAAACCCGAAUUAUAAAUUCACAUCAACUGAGGUAAAUUUCACAUCAAGGUAAAUUUGAGAAAGGACGAAAAAAUAUAUAUGUAUUUUACAGGAAAGUUCGUGGAUCCCCCAACUUUACUUAUCGUUUUUACUCGUCUUUGAUGUUUUUUUCGCAGCACACGAAAACAAACCUUGACUGAAGGUCUUUGCAGGGUAAUCGAAAACUGUAUGAUGCAUGGAUAUGUAAGUGAUGGAAAACAGUGAACAACAAAUUAUUUCUGUGACAGCCUUGUAUAGCAGGAGAUUCCUAAAGACGGCUAUAAAAAGCGAUACGAAUUAUUUUAGGGUUUCCAACGCAGUUUCUGACUGGACUUAUGAUUGAGCAAUCGGAAGAUAUUAACUGAAUAAUUCACGCACACUUACCAUAAGACAUUAGUCGCUCAUUACUAAAGUCUCCUUUACUGAACUUAGCGGAAUACAACGAAACUACACUGUCAAAUUGGCUGAAAUGUUUGUGAGCUGCUAUAUAAAACUUAUCCUUUAGAUACGGCUAAUAAUUCGCUUGCACAAAACGAAAACAACUGAAUCGAGACAGUUGCGGUAUGGUGACAAUUUCAAAUACAUCACAAACAUUUACGAAUCAUGUCAAAUUCUUCGAACACAAGAUCGCUUCAUUUCUAGGAAAGACAGUUGCGAAAUACAUUGGAGAAUUUACAUCUUCACAUCUUCAAAAUUCAGUGCGAAGUGAAGAACUGAAACAAUGAAUCGUACUGAAAAUCUAACAUACUGAGGACUUACCUUCCAUACUUGCUAUACGAUUUACUGAUAUCGCUGUGAAUAAGAGCGGACUCCAAAACCUUUACUGAUCUAGGCGGAAGUUCCUCGAAAGAAAACGUUCUCUCCUUGGCUGCUCACCUGAUAAACUGAUAAAACUACUGAUCGACGCGUCCUUAAAUAUAAUUUGCUGUUUCAUCACUAAGGUUUCCUUAUUUCCAUUAUUUAAAUUGGAAACAUGCCAAUUUUGAGUUGCGUGAGUUUCCCAGGGAAUUAAGCGCUUCCUGAACACAUUUUCUUCGAAAUAAUGAUCAGCUGAUGAAGUGAUGAAGUUGUUUUGUCAUUCCAUUCGACUCGAAACGGGGGGAACACACCACAGAAUUUUCUGCUGUAGUAUUCGUCCCUCUUCACUUUAUUUUAACCCUAUUUUCACACCGAAAACUAUAUCUAGACCUGACCCAGCAGUUUCACCUUAUUCAGUCAUCUUUCGAAGACAUCCUUAUCACAGCUCAAGAUACCCUUUCAUUUCACCUUUUAUCGAAUUUCAUUUAAGACCACUGUUUGAAUAUCGAGUCGUAAAUUCGCCCAAAGAGAAUAAAAAUCCUUUUAAAGACUACCUGUCGCAUGAGGUCACUUGCAAGACGAAAAGACCAUUCAGUGAGAAAUAAAAUAACUGGUCGAUCCUAGUCGAUCUUACUUUUUCAGGCUCCGUAUUUCUUUGUAGCAUAAUAUAGUAGUGUCUACCUACCCCCCCCCACCCCCCUUCCCUUUUCAACUUCCUGUUUACAGCACUCCUCGAAUAAGAGCCGGAAGUGGCAUUGACCAGCCUGGACAAGGUUUGAUCCACUAGGCUCCAUUUUUAAAAUUCAUUGAUGAAACUGGUAAUCAUCAUGUUAUCUGUGUUUCAAGGAAAAUUACUUCUGUCCGAACACGAUUUUUCAGUUCGAAUGAUAAGCAGUAUGGUACGCUUAUCUGGUGACUGAUAUUGUGCAAGCGUCCCCUUUCGCUUUCUCGGGGAACUAGUGUCUACUUUAUCGAACUUAAACACUGCUUAAUCAUGUUUGGUUUUUACCACAGAGAACAGGAUUAAAAACUGGCUGUUCAUACAGUUAAGAAGAGUUUUCGAUAAUUGUUUUCGGAACAGUGUUAAGAGGCUUUCAUAAAUUCGUAAGCGAACUGUUCGUCAAAUUUCAAACGUAACGUUUUUUUCCCAUACAUGCUCCAUCAAGUCUUGCCCGUGCUGUGGUCUCUUUGUUUAGUUUCUGUUAUCCACCUGGUUGAUUUGAGGUCAAAAGAAAACCCGGCGCCAGGGCAAUUGCAACACUCUUCUGAAUAUUAACACUGUAUUUAAUUUGAUGAACAAUCUUAGACAAAGUUAGGGAAACAAAUGGAACAACGCCAAUGUUAUGAUUACAAGCUAUCAGUUGUAAGAUUCAAGCAUCUAUUUCUGAUAAUAGAAAAAGUCCUACUUUAUGUUCGCUUGGAAUCGUCACCUUCCGAGGUCCUCAAGUUAAACUACUGACAAAGAUACAAAUAAAAAUUUGUAUCUUUAACUCACUCGCUCUCACGUUACCGCUAAUCAGCAAUGUUCGCGCUAAUUCAGCUCAUCCAGAAAACAAAUACAAUAUUUUUAGCUAUAAUUUUCGCUCUAAGUCGGUGCUUCACGAACUACUGACAUAACAAGAAUUCGUUUGAUAUUCAGACACGUAACCUCUUAUUCGCGUGCACAAUUUGAGUACAGCCGAAACGAGUCAGUUGUUAUCGAGACUAUUUCUAACAGAGGGGAAGUGAUAAGUUUUUCGCAAUUGAAAUUUUUCAUUUGCAUUGAAAAGGUCUGAAAGAAGACGUGAAUUAAAGCCCGGACGGGGCUUGUCAUCCAAAAAUAUUGAUAUUCAAUUUCUUUUCGGAGAGUUUAAAUUCGUUUGACAGGUUCUUUGGUUUGUUGAUACUAAGUGUUAGCUUGUGAAUCGCCUUUCACCCCUCCUCCCCCCCCCCCCCCACUCAUCCUUUAUAAUUAUUAUAAAACGGAAUUGAAAGGGUCCUGAGGUAAACAGUCUGGUGAAGGGGGGGGGGAGGGGGAUCGAGGGCGCAAGUCAUGCAUGUGUACGAACAUGUACGAAUGACACUUGAUUACAUGAAAAAAAGUAGCUUCACCUCACAAUCAAAGAAUGAGAAAUAAACAAUCACAAUCACAAACCUCACAAUCAAAGAAUGAGAAAUAAAUAUAAGAAUAAGAAACAAAUUCUCCAUCAGAGCCAACCUCAAAAUUACGGAACAUCAACGUGUUUUGGUAAAACGGUUGUCUUUAUUUUAUGCUCAAGUGUGGGUGAACGAGGAAUGCGUGUAAACAGUUGGUAAAGAGUAGCUUCCUCAUACAUCGCACUCAUACGGACAUAAUUAAACCAGAAUAAAACAACACAUGAAGGACAUCUUCCUCUGUUUUUAUUCAAAUUAUAGGCCAUUGACAUGCAUUAGGUAUAAUCGAGUUUCACCAACCAACUAGUUCCCAAGGAAAUUAAUUCAGUUGUGACAACCACUGAGAACCUUAUAAUCAGACAAAGGAGGUGAUGUAUUUGAACAAAAAUUAAACUGCAGCUGUCUUAUUUCGCCCAAUGUUUCCUUUAAGGAGGAAAAACUUACUGUUGCUGUUCGCUGGAAUUCCAUGCUGUCUGUAUUCUACUGUUUCGUUCUCACCGUUUUGGCUUCCCUAAUACCAGAAGUACGAGGUAAGAUUUUGCUAUACCCAAUUCACACCAAUGCUUAAACAUGUUUUAAAACUGUUUUGUUAAACAUGGUUGAAAAUUGUCUUCUCCUUAGCAGCUGCUUAAACCAAUGUUUUUCAACUCCAAAUUUAGCAGAAUGAAAAUAAAAAUUAGCGAUUACUUGAAACCUAUGGAAAAUUCAGUUAUUCCCAUCUCUGUUUUAAUUUAACCCGGCUAAUGUUGUGAAUGGGGUAUUAUUUGUUGUCUAAGAACUAUUUAAAAGUUUUCUUAAUCAUCAUAUAACUUUUUUAUUAUCUUUAUCUACAUAACUAAGGCUUGAAAUAUUCACAUAAGCAUCUCCUAUUAGCACUUAUUACAAUAAUUAUUUAGUUCAUCUACAUACCUGGAGUGGCAUGAGACAACCACAUAUUUCAAAGGAGGUUUUUAUUUUAUUUUGCAAUAUUUUUUUGAAAUGACAAAAUUCAAAUAUGUAAAAUUUUAGGGAACAUGGUUUCUGGGCUGAGCCAAGAGGGAAGGUUUGCUUUGAAUAAACAGUCACUGUCUCUACAAUGUGUCCUUGAACCACGUUUAAUUUUUGACUCUUUGAUGGUACACGAUGGAUAAAAUGACGACUGGCAGACCUUGAAAAAAAUGAGCGCCCUAAUUUUCGCGCUGUUUGGCUGUUUGGUACAGUUCGGCUUCAAAGUUGAUGUAAAGGCUGGUUCCGUUUUUCAUUAAACGUAAAUCGAUAGGUUCAUAUACUUGAAUGAGUGGGCAGAUGAAAGGAAUAAGCUAUUACCGAUCCACCGCAGAAAGAAAGUUUAGAAUUAGCCUGCGGAGCAAUUUCACUUCACUCAGCCAAAACAGGUGAUUUCAACAGAAAAAUUUGUUCAACAAAUUUUACUCAGUCUCAUGUAAUCGUAACGGAGACUGAUGGCAAUGAUCGAGUCAUUGAGUUCCUUAGGAUAUUUUAGGUUCAAAAGUAUACUUUCAGCCUUUAUAGUGUACGAUCCAGUACGAGUGUGUAGUCAUGAAGAUAUUACACCGAAGCCGAAACAAAUUAGACGAAUGACCGCCUCUGCACCGGGAAAAAUGAAUUGUCGGCGGUAUCUCUACUCGAUCAAUUUCUCGUCCGCUCAUUCAUUCAAAAUUGUCCAGACCUUGAAAAGCUCAUAAUUUCCCAAAACUUUCAAGUCCUAUUACAUUACUUUCAGCUCUCAUUUUCCCUGCACCCCAUUUCCAGAACCACCCGUAAAAUGGAAGAAUUUUCUCCUCCGGUCAUUUUCUCAAUAAUUUAUUUUGAAGGCUAAAUGUUUUUAUCUUGCGAUAAGUCUUUAAAAAAGGGAAUAACAGAAGAGCGGGGUGGUUGGAGGUCCUGUUGUUCUAAUUAUCCAAUGUUCUUAGUCAGCCUUGAGAAAAAAAGUUUACUCACUGAUGUCUAUGAAUUUCGUUUUUCAGGAAAAAUGCUGUGAAUAUUUCGUUAUUUUCUUGCCUGUGUUUCGGUCACCAACCUUGUAACCGCUAAGGAUCAAUGCAGGAUAGAAAUUAACAUUCGUGGCAUGACUCUCAAAGGCUUCGUUUUCAAGAGAAUGACGGCAGCAGCUCCUCAUAUCUGUGAUAUCUUAUGUGAAAGGGAAAUUAUAUGCCAGAGCUAUAAUUUCAACAGAAAAGAACAGAUCUGUGAAUUAAACAACCGCACAAAGGACGCAAGACCCGAGAAUUUCCGCUCGGAUCCAGCGUGGUUUUAUAUUCGCCGUUUGAACGGAAGAGGUAACUAUUCAGCUAAUAAUGUUGGAUGAUAAUUAUCAAUAUUUUGGUCAUACGCUCGACUUUGCUCACAGUCCACGUUUUCUGAUCUCCCACGCUCAUCGGUAUGAUUUUUCUACCAUUUCUCAAAUCUAAUAAUGAACGAUAUUAGUUCUAUCCCUUUUCUUUGUAGUUGCUUUGUAGUUUCCCACCAAAAGCGUAGCUCCAAGUUCUGCCGACUGACACACAACCCACAAUUCCUCCAUUCCCUCUGACGAAGGGCUAACACUCGAAACAUCUGUUUUGAAACUCUGAACAGUGGUCAACUGACGUUAUCAAGUCAGUUGAUAGCCCCAAAUUACCUUGUUAUAUUCUCCCACCGAUGCAGCACCACAGUUUCUUUAGAAACUUACCCCCUUUAUUCAGUUUAACUUUUAGUUAACUUCUUACAGAACAGCUUGUGUGAUGCAUGUGUGAAAUGGUGACAACAAAUUAUUUAUGUAUUUAUUCUUUAAAAUGAUACAAAAAGCUUAGGGAAAGGAGAUAAAAAAGCUGGUGGCUCUAAAGGAAGGGUUUAAAAGUGAGGGGGGCCCACUUCCCAAGAGAAGGGAGCUUGACAGAGCGUUUAAUUUAACACAUUCAAAGGCGAGAAUUGAGUGAAUGGAAUUAGAUCCUCCUUCUAAUUCUCUUGUGUUUUUCAAUCUCGGCUUUCGACUUGUGCGCUUACAUAUACUUUAUUUUCAACAUCUUUACUACCCAUGUCAGCUCCCUUGGGUUCGAUACCGGAGUUACCAGCACGUUCAUGCCGAGAAAUAAAAGCAAGCAAAGGAAAAAACACUGCAAGCAACAAAUACUGGCUGGAUCCAUCUGGCACAGGGAAGGCAGUUUUGGUUUACUGUGAUAUGAAUUUGGAAGGUAAAUCAUCAUUACGUCACUGUUAGUUUCACUUUCUGUUUGAACUGUAGAUUCUUUCAAUUGCGUCCCUGUUUCUUUCAGGUAUUAGUAAUUACUACAGUCCUGAAACCAUACCAUUGCAUAGUUUCGGAUUUAUAUAUUCAAUUUUUUUCAUAAAAAAGCCAAAUAGGGCAAAAAUACACACAUAGGGACACGCCUAAACCAAAAUACACUUUGAUAAAACUUUGAUCAAGAUUCUUACUUCAAUAUUUUAGUUAUAAAGCAAUUGUAUAAUUUGUUCAGAGACAAUUGAAUUUUCUUCUGCAUGUCAUGCAAGACUAUUUUUCUGCUAAAUUAAUCGGGGUGGGUUCCCAUUACUGUACAUGUAAGGAGGGAUACCUUGGCGAUGGACGCUCGUGUUCAGGUACAUUGCCAUUAAUUUAGGCGAUGUUCAUGCGAGUAUCUUGAUAGUUUAUGUUUUCGGCUUACUGAGAGAGUAGUCAAAUGACUUAUCAAAAUGAUAUGCGUUUAUUCGGUUGGGGGAUGGGAGGGAAAAGAGGGAGUGUAAUGAGUUUGGCAAAAACUAUGAAAUGUUUUGCGACAACUAAGAAAUGUUUUGUGACUACUAAGAAGUGUUUUGCGACAACUAAGAAGUGUUUUGUGACAACUAGGAAGUGUUUUGCGACAACUAAGAAGUGUUUUGCGACAACUAAGAAGUGUUUCGCGACAACUAAGAAGUGUUUCGCGACAACUAAGAAGUGUUUUGCGACAACUAGGGAGUGUUUCGCGACAACUAAGAAAUGUUUUGCGACAACUUAGAUGUAUUUUGCGACAACUAAAAAGAGUUUGCCAACAACUAAGAGUGUUUUGUGACAUCUAAGAAGUGGUUUGCCACUACUAAGGAGUGUUUUGUGACAACUGAUUGCGACAACUAAGGAGGGUUUGGCAAUGACUGAGGAGAGUUUGGCGACAGGUAAGAAGGGUUUGGCGAUAACUCGGAAAUGAGACAACUAAUUGCGACAACUAAGGAGGGUUUGGCGACGAAUAAGAGUUUGGCGACAGGUGAGAAGGGUUCGGUAACAACUGAGCGGAGUUUGGCGACAAUUAAGGAGGGUUUGCCGACAAAUAAUGAGAGUCUGGCGACGACUAAGAAGAGUGGUACGACAACUUAGCAGUGUUAGGCGACGACUAAGGAGGGUUUUGUGACAACUAAAGGCAGGUUCCAAAUCAAUCAUAGAAAGACUGUUUAAAGAAACAGUCUACCUGCUCGCAGUCCAUAACUUCCUAAAUAUACACCGUUGCAUCUACAAAAUAAGCAUGGUACCCACGUUUGCUUGCCUGAACAUAGAAUUCACAUCCAUCUGCCAUUUUAUGGUUUGAUCUGUGCAGAAAGUUGACUUUACUCAAGAGAUAUUCAAGAUUGAAACUUUACUUUCCCUCACUCGAAAUGUCUUUUAGGUCAUUUUCAAGAAAACCUCUGCACAGCCAAACAGUUAGGCCUAGUUCGAUCGUCGAUCUUUACAUGUACCGAACCUAACGUUUCUAUUAAGUACAUGUAAAGAUCGACGUUUGAAUCAAUUAGGAUCGGCAGAUUUGUAUUCGGAUCGACAGUGCCGUUCUAUCCGACUCGGCUAGUCGGAUAGAACGGUAAAAGAUCGGCAUUGAUUCAUACGUCGUACUUUACAUGUACCGAACUUAAUGCAUACAUUAUACAUACGUUAAAAUAAUUAUGUUUUACCCACAAUUCAAGAAAGUUCGCUUACGUGCCAUGCGCGAAAGCCUUCGAACCAUUCAAACAAUAUGGCGGGAAAGGAGGAAGGCUCGUGCUCCUCUUGUUUUAAAACCACAAAAUAAAACAAACACAAACAUUUUCCCACCAGCCAGAAUUUCUUUUCAGUCGACGACACGAACGAACUGGACGAGGAACUGUGAUGUUCCUUUGGGAAAUAAGCAAUAAUAGAAGGCAAGCCAAAUUCAAAACUCGUCUUCUCCUGGCAGCAAGGUUGUUUAAUGCUAACUGCAUCUUGAGUCGCCUUUUUCUACCCUCCUUAAUCGCAUUUGCAAGAAAAACAAGCUCUUCAUUUCCACAAGUUGUGCUUCCCGCAUUUUUUUCCGCCAUUUUGGUAGGCAUUAACCGCUGACUACAAUGGAGUUAUGUUCAGUUUUGCAAUUAGGAUCGACUAAAUUCGGAUCGACGUUUGAAUCAACUGCCGCUCUUAAUUAUUCGAGUCGACCCAAAUUGCAAUUAGGUUCGGUACAUGUAAAGAUCGACGUUUGAACUAGGCCUUAUUGUCUCUAGGACAAUAGACGCACAUGGUGUUAUGGGAUACAUUACUGCAUUGACUUUUGUGUUCCUCAAUUUUGAUGAAUUGUGGAAGAUGAAUCCUACUUUAUUCGAUUGUGGUUUACGAAAAUCAGUAGAGUUGAAGGAUGGCAGAGUGUACGUCAUUACGUCGACAUUGGAAAAGACAGUUAAACUGAGCAGCGCCACAGUUAAAUGCAAACAUUGCGACAGAUCGUUCAAUGUUCGACAAUAUUUGAACAGCCACGUACAAUUCAAGCACCCGGCCUCUGCCACACAGAACUCGAACAGCAUCAACUCAGCAUCUGGAGAUACAUUGACUAUUUUUGUAAACAUCAACAACCACUCAGGUGAAACAAACAUGCAGAGAAUGGCUGAGAGUCAACAGCUUGAGGAUGUGCCGCGUGAAUCGGGCGGUGUUGCCCAAGGUCCAACUCAAAGGCGAAGCAAUAAUCGAAGGGGAAGUAACAAGCGAAAGUCCUACACUGUCGAUUUCAUAAAGAAAACACUGGAUCUUUUGGAUUCAUUGAAAUCAUCAACUAAUAAAUACAAAACAGUUGCAAAGCAACAAGGAGUCAACAGAUCGCUGGUGCCUAAGUGGGAAAAAAAACAGAAGCAAAAUUCAUGCAGAACUGACUCUGACUCUUGCAGAACUGACCCUGACAAUGACGAAGAAGAGACAAAGGAGGAGGAUCGCUGGGAACAGAUCCCGACGCACUGAUAAAUAUCCUCUGGCUUCCAAUCCUUUACCUGCCGAGUCAGCCAGCAGGAAGCAAAGUGUCCAAACUUUAGUUAAAAAGAAAUGAAAUCUAAAAUCGAAGCAUUCUAUGGCGCAGAAGAAGCUGCAAAAUUUAAAGAAAGCAGCAAGUGGUUCCAAAGAUUCAAGAAAAGACACACCAUAGUACUGAGGGGAAGGACCAACAAGAAAAAAGUCUGGACAGAUGAUGGCCGGGAUACGAUCCAGAAAUUCAACAGGGAUUUGAGGAAAGCCUUGAAAACACAAAGGAGAAGCAAAAAGUCCUAUACAGUUGACCCAAAGUAUGGAAGAUGGAUACCUAAAAAUAGAUACAAUAUCGACCAGGUAGGUUCCUGUCCCAUUUGUAAAUGAGCAAGAUAAAACCUGCGACACAUUGGGUGCUAAGGAAGUGUGCGUGUCACAACCAUCUUCUGGUUUAGACAAACGACAGGCUACUCUAAAACUUUGUAUUGGGGCUGACGGGGAACAAAAUGUGAAGCCAGCUCUUAUCUUCAGAGGAAAAGGGCGUGUGGCGACUGAGGAGAAAGAAAAGUAUGACAAGAGGGUUGAUGUGUAUUUCCAGCAAAAUGCUUGGAUGGAUGAAGAAAUUAACUUACAGUGGGUCCAGGGUACACUUAUUUCAGGAAUUGGGAAUGACAAAGAAGAAAAAAAUUCUAUUUAUAGACAAUGUCGGCUUCCAAAAAAAUCAACAUGAAAACAUGAAAUCAGAUCAACACUACAGUUUACAUGCUGCCUGAAAACCACACUGACAAAAUCCAACCCAUUGAUGCAGGACGUGGUCGGUUGAUGAAAGGUAAAAUUGGUGCAACAAUGGAAACAUGGCUGGAAGAGGAGAACAAUCUCGAUAAAUGGCAGGAUAGACAUUUAGCAAAGGAUCUUAAUAACCCAAUGGACUGGGGGAGCGUGGAGUGAGUUAAGUAAUGAUGAGACCUUUUCUCAAGAAAGUGUUUGAGAAAAUGGCUCAAACCCCCAAGGUUUCGAAAGAUAUCAGAUUUUAAUGGAUCUGAUGAUUGGACUGGAAAUUUAAGAAACUGGAUGCUGACAUUUUGCUCUCUCAGUUUGCUUGUAGGAUUGGGGACCAGUCAAUAGUUAUAUGGAAGGAGGGAAGGGGGAGGGAGGGGGGGCUGGUGCAUUUUGAAUUUGCUUGAUUUUUGCUGAGUUUCGAGUUGUUUAUCACCAGAACUGCUUCCACUCCCCUAAUAUAAUAUUAUUGCCUUGAUUAAUGCAGUUAAGGUUAGUUCCAUCUAUGAAUUAAUUAAAAUGUUGUGCUUGCACAUUGAUUUCAUCUGUUGGUAGUCUAUGCGGUAUUUAAUUUUUAGAAACAAUUUUAACAACACCUUAAGAACAUUUCAAGCUGGUUUUGCAGAAACACCCGAUACAUAAGAACAAGAUCAGCCUGAACCCGCAAAACACGUUUUCUUUUAAGCGGGUUUUUACAGUAUUGGCAAAGCCCAAAGUAACUAGCAAUUUCUUAUUAGUGUCAUAACUUUUGUUUUUACUGCUUGUGUUUUACGAAGGAUUUACGGCUGUUUUUACAAAUCUUGGUAAAAGUGGAACAAAGGGUCCAGACUCAGUUGGCAGUCACUACACGGGUCAGGAUCAUGACGGACAAGUUACAGUGUCCGGCGGUAUUCAACUGUGGACUGUGCCGCACACUGGUGAAUACAGAAUAGAAACAAUAGGAGCCUCAGGAGGGUACAGUGAGGACAGUGUCAUCAAUGGAGGGAGAGGGGCGCGGAUGAUCGGAAACUUUAUGUUGACCAAAGAUGAGAUCAUUCGUAUACUUGUUGGCCAAAGAGGGGAAAAAGGGUAUGAUAACAAAAAAACUGGCUCAGGCGGAGGAGGUACAUUUGUAGUAAGAGGAGACAAAAAGCCUUUGAUCAUAGCCGGAGGUGGAGGAGGAGUUUCAAAAAUGACAAAACAACAUUCAGGA